AUGGAUGACGAACAGCAAUCUGACAAUGCCGAUGAAGAAUGUGAAGAUGAUCAGCUAGAGGAAGAGGUUGCUACAGUCAAUACCAAGACACCUUCAUCUGCUCAAAAAUACAAACAGCGAGUUCUUUUGAUUGCGUCUCGAGGCAUAACUUACAGAUAUCGCCAUCUUAUGAACGAGAUGCAUACACUGCUCCCCCAUUCCAAGAAGGAUGCCAAGCUUGAUUCCAAAAGCCACUUGGAAGAUUUGAACGAGCUUGCUGAACUCAACAAUUGCAACAAUUGCCUUUACUUUGAAGUGCGUAAACAUCAAGACAUGUACCUGUGGAUGUCCAAGACUCCAAACGGUCCAAGUGUCAAGUUUAUGGUUCGCAAUGUGCAUACAAUGGACGAACUGAAAAUGACUGGAAACUGUCUUAAAGGGUCUCGUCCAGUUCUGUCGUUUGACAAGACAUUUGAUUUGGAACCUCAUCUCCAACUUCUCAAGGAGAUGUUCACGCAGACGUUUGCUGUUCCGCGCACAUCACGCAAAAUCAAACCGUUUAUCGACCACAUCAUGUCCUUUUCUAUUCUUGACAACAAAAUUUGGCUACGAAAUUUUCAAAUCAUUGAAAAGAUUCCUGAAAAAGGACUGUCAAAAGAACCCGAGAUUUCGUUGGUAGAAAUCGGACCUCGAUGCGUGCUUGAUAUAAUCAGAAUAUUUGAUGGAAGUUUUGGUGGAAGCACAUUAUAUGAAAAUACUCUGUUUGUAUCUCCUAAUGAAUUGAGAAGAAACAUCAAGGCUGAAAUCAAUGCUAAGCAUCAGGGUAAAGCUAUUGCUCAGGAAGAGCGCGAGAAAAAGAAGCUUCAUAAUUUACCGGCUCCAGAUCCCAUGGCGGAUGUAUUCAUUUAG